GACCGCAGCCGGCCGGCUGGAGUGCAAGCGGCCCUCUGCACUCAGAGACCCCCCGGGUCCCCGGUGUCGCCUGAGCGCCCGGAGGGGCCAUGCCCGGACUGCGCCGGGACCGCCUGCUUAUCCUGCUGGGGCUGGGCGCGCUUCUGUCCGCCGACCUCUACUUCCACCUCUGGCCCCAGGUGCAGCGGCAGCUGCGGCCCCGGGAGCGCCCACCGCGCUGCCCGUGCGCCCGCCGCGCCUCCUCCCCGGACCUGGACUCUGCCGCAGGCCCCUCGGACCCCCACACGGCGGCGCACAACUUUUCCCGAGCCCGGCCGGGGACUGAGCAGGACCGCAGCAGCCGCAGUGGCCCGGGCUCCAAGCUGCAGGCCCUCUUCGCCCACCCGCUGUACAGCGUCCCAGAGGAGCCGCCUGUCCUUGGGCCGGAAGACGUGCUGCUGGCUGGCCCGGAGGCGCUGCGGUAUUACCGGAGGAAGGUGGCCCGCUGGAACAGACGACACAAGAUAUACAGAGAGCAGCUGAACCUCACUUCCCUGGACCCCCCACUGCAGCUCCGACCCGAGGCCAGCUGGGUCCAGUUCCACCUGGGAAUCAACCGCCACGGGCUGUACCCCCGGUCCAGUCCUCUCGUCAGCAAACUCCUCCAGGACAUGAGCCACUUUCCCACAAUCAGUGCAGAUUACAGCCAGGACGAGAAAGCCUUGCUUGGGGUGUGUGACUGUACUCAGAUUGUGAAACCCAGUGGGGUCCACCUCAAGCUGGUUCUGAGGUUCUCGGACUUCGGGAAGGCCAUGUUCAAACCCAUGAGACAGCAGCGAGAUGAAGAGACACCCGCGGAUUUCUUCUAUUUCAUCGACUUUCAGAGACACAAUGCUGAGAUCGCGGCUUUCCACCUGGACAGGAUUCUGGACUUCCGACGCGUGCCACCCACAGCAGGGAGGCUAAUCAAUGUCACCAAGGAAAUCCUAGAGGUCACCAAGAACGAAAUCCUGCAGAGCGUUUUCUUUGUCUCCCCAGCCAGCAACGUGUGCUUCUUCGCCAAGUGCCCCUACAUGUGCAAGACUGAAUACGCUGUCUGUGGCAACCCGCACCUGCUGGAGGGCUCCCUCUCCGCGUACCUGCCGUCCCUCAACCUGGCCCCCAGGCUGUCUGUGCCCAACCCCUGGAUCCGCUCCUACACGCUGGCGGGGAAAGAGGAGUGGGAGGUCAAUCCUUUGUACUGCGACACCGUGAAGCAGAUCUACCCAUACAACAGCAGCAACCGGCUGCUCAACAUCAUCGACAUGGCCAUCUUCGACUUCCUCAUCGGAAAUAUGGACCGUCACCAUUAUGAGAUGUUCACCAAGUUUGGGGAUGAUGGGUUCCUUAUUCACCUUGACAACGCCAGAGGGUUUGGACAACACUCCCGUGACGAAAUCUCCAUCCUCUCGCCACUCUCCCAGUGCUGCAGGAUAAAAAGGAAAACACUUCUGCACCUGCAGCUGCUGGCCCAAGCCGAGUACAGACUCAGCGACGUGAUGCGGGAGUCACUGCUGGCGGACCAGCUCGCCCCCGUCCUCACAGAGCCCCACCUCCUCGCCCUGGACCGGAGACUCCAGAUUAUCCUGAGGACAGUGCAGGGCUGCGUGGAGGCCCACGGAGAGCAUAGCGUCAUAGUCAGUGGCCCGGCGGAACAGCUGGCCCCAGACUCUGGCAAGGCUAACGUGACAAGCUAGGGGCUGGGCACGUCCAGCUGCAGGCCAGUAAUGCCCUUUGGAGGGACCAGGUAAUUUCACACGGGAGGAACCAUGUCCACGCAAGACGUUCACGGAAGAGCACAGUGGCCUGGGACUUCCAAGGGGCAGAGCCUCAGAAAGGUAAGCUGCAGCUCCAUCUCACAGAGCCUUGCCUGUGACAAUACACUGGUUUUCCAAUGGCCUACAUACAAAUUUGGUGUACUUGACAGUGAAAGAACUGAACUUGACCACAAUCUGUACAGUACCCAGAUACCUAAUUAUUCCCUUAUCUUAAACGUUCCAUUAAGUUUUCACUCACAACAAAAUUAAGGCUCUUUCAUUUGUCAAAAACAGCAGAAAACAUGACUCUCUUCUUAGAACUACCAAGUUCUUCUACCAGGUUCAUUCUGGACCACUGUUCAACUUCCCACGACAUAAAAGUCCUCCUGUCCUUCUGUAAAAGUUGUUCUUGUUACUACUGACAGCAAACUAUAAAGUAAAAGGGACUUCUGCAGCAGGUCACUUGGCAGAGAAAAGGAGUUUAGAGAAUUCAUGUGUCCUUUAAGUCAGGAAGACACUUGCGUUUGAAGAGUGUAAAAAAUGGUCAGUUCUCUUACUUGUGGUAGUUUGAUGGUCUGUGAAGUCCCCAGACACUGAAUUAAUGGACACUGAACCACUUGCUCCCUGGGGAAAUAUGAGGGUUUAGGUUCCUGUGAGCCUCUGGAUACAUUUUUGUCAACCAGUCAAUACAUAAUCUGGUUUUAUGUGGUAAGGUACGUUAAAGAGACCUUAACCGAGAGUGUUGAUUCACCAAGCUUGUGGUCCGCAGCCCUGUAUGUGACUCAGGCCUGAGAGAGGCUUAUUUAAUUCACUCAUUUUCUCUGUAAGGCCCGCCACAUCUUUCUUACCCUGAGAAAUACUGGCCAGCACCUUAGCACUACAUUUGGGGGCCAUUUUAAACAGCAAAAUCACCAACAGAAAGCACAAAAAUGCAAAAAAGGGGGCAUUAAAUAGACCACAAAAAAAGACAUCUGAUUCUAGUCCCAGAGCCCAAACAACAGGCCGAGCAUUGCCCUGUUCAGCCUGACCGGGGCUCGUGCGUGCUGGGAGAUGGAGUCUUCACCACUCACAUCUCAGAGUGACUGUGAUGGGCUGUGAGUACUCGUUCCGGGGUUACAAAUAAAUGUUAGCCAAGUGGACAAAUAUGCUAAGUUCGCUACAGUAUCUGUGGACGAGAAUGAACUCACUCGUUUUGAGAUUAACAAAAAUGACGAAAAAGCUCUCCAUCUAGUGGUGAAUUUUUAAAUCACAAAUCUACUUGAGCUCAAUUGGCAGAACUUUCACAAAAUGAAAGUAUUAUACCCAUUAGUGGUUUUAGUAAUCACGGCAGAAUAGAGUUGAGUCACAGCUCUGAACUUAUGCCCAUAAGCAAAUUCUACCUUUAUAGGUAGACAACACCAGUGUCUGGGUAAAAGUUCCAUAGGGUAAGCAGAAAGAUUUAUGAUUCCCCCUUUUAUCUUAUUUUUAAAGAUUUUAUUUAUUUCCAGACAGAGAAGUGAAGGAGGGAGAGAAACAUCAGUGUGUGGCUGCCUCUCGCAUCCCCCACACUGGGGACCCAGCCUGCAACCUAGGCUUGUGCCCGGACUGGGAACUGAACCAUUAACAAUUUGGUUUGCAGGCCCCGGGCUCUGGGCCACACCUCCCCCCCACCUUUUAAAUUCUAUGUACAGCCUUUAUCACUAACUAUAAUGAUAGCUACUUUGGGAGAUGUAUUGAAUGGUGACCUGGCAACUACUGCUCAAGGCUGGCUUACCAAAAAGGUUCAGCUAUUAAUUUGUAGUUGGAGGUACAGUAGUACGAAGUACACUGACAUCACAUUACUUCAAUUUUUAAAUGUUGGUAUUUAAGGCAUUAAAAAACAAAACACUUCUAUGUGAGCCAGUGUUUCAGAGGGGGAGUUAAACUAUAACCAGUAUGGUCAACCUAGGACACUUCUUGGUUGUAUCCUGUUAUAACUCUCUUGUUCCUACUCCAGUGAGUUAGUUGAAGGGAUUACUGAAUCUGGACAAGCGGUUACAAAGCAGUGCACAUUCAAGGCUGUUCUAGAAUACAAUGUCUCUCCAACUCGCUGGAUGUAAAGAAAUGAAUACUCAUAUACUAAUGAGUACAACUUAAUCCUCUCUCUCCCUGGAAAUCUAUGGAAUAGACAUCAGGAAUAAGAUUUUAUAUAUGUAAAAUAUAUAAACACACCUAAAUAUCUAGGAGACUAUUAAAUUUAAACUAAAGAGUAUGCUGACCCAGAAAUAAUGUGUCCCCAUUAGGUCUGGGAAAGUUCCAAAGCCAGAGAACCAGUCUUCAACAAAAAGGAAAUCUUCAUCUUUUGAGUUCCUUUCUCCCUUCCACUACUAUGUGAACGGGUCUGCUGUAACUCAAUUCCCUUUCAAACAAGGUUUUCAGGUUCAGUCUUUGACAAACUGACUUGAAAAUCAGUUAACAAACACUUGACUCUUUUUAAAACAUGAAUCCCGUAAUCCACUUUCGAUUUUCAUUCUUGCCCACCAGACUGGGACAUCCCAAGGGGAGAGGUGGAGGGAAAAGAAAAGGAGAAAGGAAAUAAAAACCAAUUCAUUUAAGAAUUUAAAUUAUUUAAUCUUUUUUAUUACUUGACCUACCAUUAAGACAAUCUAUAACAAAAAGAAUAGAGUAUGUUAGCACGCACAGUAUAAUCAGACUAGUAACCAGGCAACAAUACAAAAUGGUCCUUUGGCCACCUAUACUUUCUAGAACAACAGAUCCGAGAAAUUCACUUGGCAAGCCCAGAAAUGAUGACUUCUACAGUCCUGAUUAUCAACUAAGACAAAUUAUGCCAAUAGUGAUAUCUCACAUAUAAUCAGAUUGCACAAAGAUAAAAGCUUUAAAUGUGUUCAUUUUUAAAUUUUGCCUUAAAAUUUCAUAGAUUAAAAACUACAAAAGGGAGUAAACAGCAAGCCGAAUGACCUAAGAGCAAAACUCAUUUAGGAAGCAUUGUUUGUAUCUAAUACACAGGAACAUGAUUAUGUACAUAUAUGAAACCGCAAUUUAUGGCAUUCUAAAUAACUCACCUAAGAACAGUUUUGGCAUUAAACAAAGAUCAAAUCAAGCUUUAUGCUAACAGGAAUAUAACUUUUAUUUUUAAUUUUUUAAAUAUAAAAAGGUAGCUAAACACAAAGUAUAGAUCAGAAAACUGUCAUUUAAUAUAGAUUAUUUUUAAACAUAAAAAACUUGUAAUAAGGUGGCUUUCUCUCCCACACUCAGAUGUAAAUAAAACCUCUUUCCCAGAUUUCUACUCCAAACUUACUAGUAACAACCCAAAAAACUGUUCAAAUCUAUGGGAAAAAAGCUACCGGGGCCAAUUUAAAUAACCCGGGAAAGGGCAGGAGAGUGGAUCAGUAUUCAGAACCAGGUGUGUACAAACGGAAAAAUGCUUGCAAGUCACUCCCAACUAUAACCCUGUAUUACACAGAAAUCACAAUGAAAAUAAAAGUGUCUACAUUACAGAACUGUGAUAUUUUGUUUAAAAAAAAGUAACAUAAUAAAAAUAAACUGUUGGGUAUCAUUGGUGCACAUGGAAUAAUGUAACACAUAGGUUGAUAAGGCUGGAAAAUACUGAGAUACAGUUAAGACUCAGAACAGAAGCUUACUUUAGAAAAACAAAAAGCCUGCCAGAGAAAUAAAUGCUAGAGAGGAAAGCAGAACUUGUCAGCAGAGUGGCCUUUUAGACCAAUUUGAAACAACACAGACAUUCCUACCCGACCCCUAACCCACCAUACAUUCUAGCUGAUGCAAAAAAGGCGAGGAAAAAGGUCAAACCAAAGUAGAAAACUUCUUCCCAAAUCUGCCCCAGUGAAUCCAGUGGGGCAAAGUCCCCAGCAAUGAACUCUGUCCACCUGGCAUUUCCCCCUUUAGCAAUAGCACCUCCCUUUUCCUGACGUCUGUUCCACACAGUCUGUCUACUGCCAGCAAAUCCAAUCUCCUGGAGUCAGUGCUUAACUCGAACAGGAGAUUAUCCUGGAGUCUGCAGAAAGAUGGACACUAACCAAAAAGCUCCAAGUUAACAACCAAGAGAGUAGACCUUAAAUUCUUAUUCUCAAUUCAGCAACUGAUGAUCAGUAUUUGGCACUAGCUGGAUAAGUAAAGGUCUAAUCAGAAUUUGUGAGCCGAGGCAGAUGGAGUUAAACCAUAAUCAGUAUUUGCAGCCUAUGAUUCAGUUUCAAACUUAAAAGGCAGGUAUAGAUAGCCACCCCUAAAUGGAUUUCAGAACUGGAGAGGAAACAAGAUAUAACCAAUACCAGGCAAAUCAGCUUAACAAACAAAAAUCUGGUUAAAAAGGAAAAAAAGUAACAGAUCAUAUCCAUCUGAUCAUUAGCAAAAAUGGGCACUUUUCCACCCUUAACCUAGCUUAAAUACAGGCAGAUAUCUUUCUAAGGUUAUGCUAUAUCCAUUUUUCCUAAUCCUUAGAGCUUAAUGAGAAAUCAUUUAUUCUAUAAAGAAAUAUGGCAUAUAUGGCCACAGUGUAAAAUAUAUUUAUGAUAACUGGAAAAUCGUAUCACUUAAAAAAUCUUGCACUGUUGCACCCUUCCUCCAUGGUAAUUCACUGGUGCAGGGAUCUGCCCUCACCAAACAGCACGCGCUGCCCAGGCUGAAUACUAACACUGCACAGAGAGAAGCAGUCACAGCAAAGUCUCCGGAGAACUCUCUAUUUAUUUAACUGUGUCUGAGCAUUCAGUUAAUGCUCCAAAUUAAAAACGGUGCAAUAAAAGCAACUUUUAAUAUAAACAGACAAGAAGCAGCGAUGCCAGUGGCCACACAGGGCUGCGAACAGGGAAAGUGAAGCGGUCUGCGAGAGUGAAGCACGGACUGGGAAGAAGAGAAGGGGGAGGCACAGGUGGCAGAUUUCAGACAGACAGUGACACGAAACUGUUGUACUGCUGGAUGUUUCGUUUGAGGAUGUCGGAGCACGGGCCCAGCACACGUUCAAAUCGAGGUCGGUCCAGCUUAACACACUUCAGAGGCCCACGAGCCACCACCGUGGCUGCACGGGGACGAUUCAUCAGCAGAGCUAUUUCGCC